AUGCUGUGCAACGACACAGGCGACCUUGGCACGACUCUUUUGGGGCGGAACGGAGAGAAAACGAGUUUGAACGACACAUUUAGCGAGGGUGGCAAAAACUAUGUCGUCAAAACAUUGAAAAUUGGAAGGACAGGCGGAGAAUUCACUAUCAACGGAGCGUCUUUCAAUCCACCUAAUGUGCCUGUCCUUCUUCAAAUCCUGUCCGGAACUACAAAUGCGAACCAGCUUUUACCAACUGGUUCCGUGGCGGAAACCAUCCGUUCCAUCGUCAUUCGCGUCGCGGGUAAUUCGUCGUACAACUUCGAGAAUCCGGUGCGCCGGGACACUGUGAGCAUUGGUGCUGGCACAGAUAAUGUAACGUUCCGCUUCGUUACCGACAAUGCUGGCCCUUGGAUUCUCCAUUGCCACAUUGACUGGCAUCUGGAAAACGGAAUGACUGUCGUCCUUGCCGAAGAUGCGGAGGAUAUCGCCACGGUCGAUCCGCCGAACGCUGACUGGUCGAACUUGUGCCCUCUAUACAACAAACUCAACCCAGACGUUGGCUUGUAA